UCUAUCACGUGCGAGGCCGUCGUCGCACGGGACGGCGUCACGAAAUCUAACGGCGUCGCUAUGGCUAGCAUAAAUGGAGGCCCUCGGGACGGAGGAGAGCCAUUCGGCGACGCGAGUAAUCCUACUAUCCGGUGAACCGUACUCGGAAUAGGCGAUGACAUCGGCGAUCCUAAUCCGUACCACCUCGUUCCUCGGCUCGCCGAGGAGGUCUCUGGCCGACGGAAUUCAAGACUCCGGCGCUGGGAUCUCCUUCCUACGGCGGAGCAGGAGCGCCUCUCUCUCCCCGCGAUCCAUGUGCGCCGCCGCGCUUCACUCGGAAGCCGAGGAGGGGCGAGAUGGGCACCUCCUCCGGCGAGUCAGAUCGGAGGCCGAUCUCGUCCGAUCGAACCCCCUGACUCGGUCCCCGAUCCCGGAAAGGGUGGUGGAGGAAGAGGAGGCGGAUACGGAGGAGGUGAAGUGGUGCGAUCUGGGAGUCCCGGUGCCGGGGAGACCGCCGGCGGCGUUGGUGGAGCAGGUGGAAUACUCCGGAGGGGGGAUCGGCAAGGGAAAGCAGGUCGGCGGGGGGAGAGGCGGCGGCGAUGAGAAUGACAACAGAAAGAUCGCGGACUACUACCAGCAGAUGCUGCGGACCGAUCCUUCGAACCCGCUGCUCUUGAGGAACUACGGACGAUUCUUGCAUGAGGUGGAAGGAGAUGCAAAAGGUGCUGAAGAGUGCUACGGGCGGGCGAUCCUGGCGAGCCCCGGCGACGGCGAGGUGCUGUCGCUCUACGGGACGCUGGUGUGGGAGACCCAGAGAGACGAGGAGAGGGCCGAAGUCUACUUCGAGCGCGCCGUGGAAGCCUCCCCCGAUGACUGCUACGUGCUGGGGUCUUACGCGCAUUUCCUGUGGGACGCCGAGGAGGAAGAGGAGGGGAGAAAGGAGGCGUCGUCACCGUUGGUGGAGGCGUUUUGAUGCGUGCGACUUGAUCUGACCGAAGGAUGUGCAUAACUAAUAAUAAUAUAAAUAAGAUGAUGUUAUUGUGAGUAAUGAGACUAGAAAGAAUAAGAAGACCGACAGCAAUGACAUGCUAUCGUGGUUGCUGCUGUGUUGUCUUCUCUCUUCUUUCGGCUUCUGUUGUAAGCUUCUGCGGGGGAUUGUGAAGUUGUAAACAGAGAAGUAGAGAGUUUAAUGUCUGAGCAUAAUCUUCUGCUUGGAAUUCCUUGUAAGAGUAUCUUCUUUCAUUGUACUUUUGUUGAUGAUCGAUCGAUCGACCGAUACCAACUCUU